UAUUUUUAUUUUUUGUCAAUGGAAUUGGCUUUAUAUCUUAAUUAUUUUUCGUUCAAACGUUUUGGCAGCCGAGAUUCGGUUUUAUUUAUUUAUUUUCUGUGUCACAAAACUGGCCAUCAAAAUCCGUUUGAUUUCGCACCCAUGAGGGUGGAUUGUUGGGGGGGGUAUAAGAAAGGAAGGAAGAAAAAAGACCCAAAGCUGCUCUUGCCCAGCUUUCUCUCUUUUUUUUUUUCCUCUUCUUUGGUCGCUCUUGGCCCCCCCCCUUCCCCAGAGACCAAGACCAAGCAUGAAGCAACGUCGUCAUGCAUCGUUUUUUCUUCAUCAUACUCUUGUUCCAUGUUCUCUCUUUUGCGAAAAAAAAAUCAAUAAUAAUUACUUUUUCUAAUUCAAUUUUUUUAUUUUAUAAAUUAAAUGGCUUCCAGCUUUGUCGUCGCCUGCGUCGGAAAGCCCUCAGCAGGCAAAUCAUCUUUCCUCAAUGCUGUGACCGACGCCACAGCCAAAGUGGGCAACUUUCCCUUCACAACGAUCGAGCCCAACCAGGGCAUCGCCUACUACCCGAUUGCCUGCCCCUGUGCCACCCACAAUCUCUCAGCGCGAUGCAAGCCGCGACACGGAUGGUGCCAGAACGGCCAACGAUAUGUGCCGAUCCGACUAAUGGACGUCGCUGGAUUGGUACCGGGUGCAUCGGAGGGGCGUGGGUUGGGUAAUCAGUUUCUCGAUGACCUGCGGCAUGCUGAUGCGCUGAUCCACGUGGUGGACGCAUCCGGGAUGACGGACGACCAGGGCAGGGAAACAAGGGGCUACGACCCGGUGGACGAUAUCCGGUGGUUGCGAGGCGAAAUUGAGGCGUGGAUUUUUGGGAAUUUGGAUAGGAAAUGGGGCGGCACGGUGCGGCGCCACGUGGCCAUCAAGGCGACGCCGGUGGAGACCCUGCAUGGGCAAUUGGCGGGGUACGGAACCGGGCGCGAAAUAGUACAGCGGGCGCUGGACCGUCUCGGCGCCCAUGGCCAGGAUAUUUCCUUGUGGUCAUCGGAGGAGCUGCGUAGUUUCGUGCGUGUCUUCUUGGACUGUCGGUUUCCGACCAUCGUUGCGCUGAACAAGAUUGACAUGCCAGAUGCCGACAAGAACAUUUCGGCGAUAGUUCGCCGCUACCAUGGCGCAAAGGGCGUGGCAUUGAGGGAUGGCGUUAGUGAGGAGAACAUCGUGCUGACGUCGGCUCUUGCCGAAUGCUUUUUGCGCAAAAUGGCGAAGCAAAAGUACAUCCUAUAUGAGACCGGCCAGGAUGACUUUGUGACUGCUGAGGACAAGCAGCCGGGUGGUGGUGGGCUGCGGCCGUUGGAUGAUCGGGUGCGUGGAAGGUUGGACAAUAUUCGCGAUUUGGUUUUGUUCCGGUAUGGGUCGACGGGCGUGCAGGAUGUACUGGUGCGCGCAGUCGAGGCGCUCGGCUAUGUGCCAGUGUUCCCGGUCAAGAGCCUGGCCAACUUUGGCGCGUCUGCUGGUGGCGACUCGGCUGGCAGCAGUGGCUGCUUCCAGGACUGUGUGUUGGUGCGGCCUGGCACGACCGUGCGCGAGUUUGCGAGGAAGCUGCAUAAUCAGCAGCUGGACCGCGCGUACGCUGGAGCUGAAACUGUUGGCAAUGUUAAGCUGGGCGAGGACGACAUCAUUGUGCCUGGCAAGAACAAUAUCAUCAAGUACUCGAUGCAGGCUGGAGGAGCAUGAUGAUUAAUUUCAUUGUUGCUGCUGCUGCUGGCGAUGCUGUCGCUGUUGCUGCUGGACCAUCUGCUGCUGUUGCUGUUGUUGUUGUUGUUUUGGUCGGGGGACCAUGCGUUUUGCUUGGGGGUCGGCUCGAGUCGCAUGCGUUUUCAUUUUGAGUGGGUAGCGACCGAGGAACGGUGGUUGGCCAAAUUCGCGUAAGCGAGGUUGAGCUCCAACCUCAUCCAAUUUUUUUUUCUUUUUGACAGGUGGCGCAAUAAUAGAAAAUAACGCAAAACA